GAGGAAGGAGGAGGAAGGAGGAGGAUCCGCCGGCAGCAGCAGCAGCAGCAGCAGCGCACCGAGCUCCUCUCCAUCCCAUGUGUUCGCACGAAAAAGAAGAAAAUGGGCUCUGAUCCAGAGAUGUGCUGCUAGAAUAAACCCGUGCGUGGCUUAAGCUUCAUUAAGUGUUUAGAAAAAAGACAGAGGUGGGACUAUUUCAUCAGUCUUCUUCCUGAAAAUGCUUCCAUGCUCAUCAUCAUCGGCGCAGAUGGAGGGAUGCGAGGAGGAGCAGGAGGAGGUGGUGGUGGUGGUGCGGGGGGACGCGCACAUGCACACAGAGUGCAACAGACUGGCGGAGGAGAGAGACGAGGCCGAGAGACAACUCAAACACAUCAAGAGAGUGUCCCAGAUGGUGAUUGAGGAGGUGAGCGUCCUGCAGACUCAGCUGGAGAUCGAGAAGUCGUGUCGGGAGAAUGCAGAGGCCCUGGCCACAAAGCUGAACUGUGAGAACAGGAAGUUGAAGUACCUGAGCCUGUCGUCUCGUCCGUGUUUGGACGAGCUGCUUCCCAGCAUCUCGGACUGCAUCGCGCUCGAGGCCGACUCCGAGGCGGACACAGCCUACGGGAGCCCCGACACCUUCACGCAGUACCAGCAACAGGUUAAAGAGCUGAGGGAGACAGUGAACAGCCUGUUGGAGGAGAAGAAGAAUUUUGUCUGUCAGAUUCAUGAACAGCAGAGACGGAUAGAAGAGCUGACUUCACAGUCAGAGAAAGAUCAGGCCGAGAUGAAGGAGCUCCGUGAAACUGUUGAACAACAAAGUAAAUCCAUCAAGAGAUUCAACCGAGUCUCCACGAUGGCGGCUCAGGAGUACGACGGGAUGAAGGAGCAGCUGGACCUGGAGCAGAGCCUGAGAGUCAAAGCUGAGACUUACGCACACGAGAUGCUGGUGAAGCAGAAGGAGGCCAACAGGCAGAGCAUGCUGCUGCUGCAGAGUGCCGAGCCCAGCGUUCAGCUGCUGAAAGCUCUGGAGGACGUCGCUGCCGUCACCAAAACCCUGGAGGAGGAGCGCCUGCAGCAUCAGCAGAAGGUGGAGAGCCUGGAGGCCCAGCUGGAGAAGAGCUGUGUGAAGAAACAGCUGGAGGCUCUGCAGAGGCAGCUGGAGCUGCUGGAGGUGGAGAAGAAGGAGGCAGACGCACGGCUGGAGGAGGCGGAGAAGAAGAACGAGGAGCUGGAGAACAGAGUCCACGAGCUCCAGGAGGAGACCCAGAAAAAGAUCGCCGUGACGACCAGUGCUGCCGAGCCCCCUCCCCCCGAACCCGGGGUCGCCGCCCCGCCUCCCGCCCCUCCCGCGCAGCCGCCUCCUCCCCCGCCUCCCCCUCCCCCUCCGCCCCUCCCCGCCCCCCCCUCAAGAUGCAACCCCCUCAGCUCUCUGAUAGCCAUCAUGAAGAAGUCUUCCAAAGGCUCGAAGGCCUCUGUGAAGGCAGAGCAGCCUCCAGCUGCUGAGGGUGUGGACGACGUGAAGGUGAAGGCGGUGAACGAAAUGAUGGAGAGGAUCAAACAUGGUGUCGUGCUGCGGCCAGUCAAGAGUCAGGAGAGCAAGAGAGUCGCAGUAAAACCGCCUCCGGUCUGUGAGGAGAAACCGCAGGAGAGCGCCAUGGAAGAACUGAAAGGCAUCCUGGAGACGGUGAAGCGGAGCCCCAGUCGAGGGUCUCAGGAGUCGGGGCCUUCUCCACCCGGGAAGAAGGACAGCGAGCUGGAGGUCAUCCUGAGACGCAGACGCAACAAAGCGGGAGAAGCCGGCUCCGGAGAUGAGCGGGAGGGCCAGAUGAGCCACGUCUCCUCCUCAGACAGCCUGAACGGGGGGCGCACCAGCAGCGACUUGGGCAAAGAUCCAGAAGGGCCGGCGGGGUUGAACGUACCUUCGGACUCUGCGGGUCCCAGGGUCAGCCAAGAGAGGCGGGGGUCAGGACCUGGACCCGUCGUGGCCAGAAGGAAGAGCUCUGACACGGGCAAAGAGCCCAGAGCGGGCUCCUGGCAGGAGAGGAGGUCCUGCAGCUCUCUGUGUGAGAAAGAACCAGCAGAGUCUCCGGUCAGCAACGGCUGCAUCAACAGCGUCGGGGAAGACGUUCAAAACGCGGCCGAGAAGUGCGUCCAGUCGAACGGAGUCGAACAUGCCGAACCGAACGGCGGUGAGGACGCACGGGCCGCUGUCUGCGCCAGCCCGGUCAACGGCAGCAGCACCGACGCCGAGUGCUAGGAUGGACUUCUGAGGAUCACGGGCUUGUUUCUGUAAUCUGCGAUCAUUUAUAGGCCGAUAUGACGUGAUGUCAUCAAUAUUCACCCUCACAUCAGAAGGUUUCGGGUGUGAUCACACAUUAGACUUUGUUGUACUUUUGUAUUUGUGUUUUUCAGAUUUACACUCAUGAUUUAAAAACUAACUGGAGGUCUGUCACAUGACUAACAUGUAGCUAAUUUGUUAACUUUUUUUUGUAAUUUCUAACACCUGAUUAUGAGUGCAAGUCCAAAGUUUGGACGUGCUCCAGAUAAAGUGUUGUGAACGCACCCCGACCUGUCAUUGUAGAAGCCCUGCCUCUUCAAACCAUCGCUCAUGAGUAGUUGAUAAAUAUUCAAAUUAUUGUUCCUGCUGAUGUAAACCAGCUUUAGUUUAGGCAUUUGCUGGUAACGUUAAAUAAGCAGGUUAAACAAGUUAUCCAAUAUUCACGACUGCUCUCUCACAGAGGUGAUUCAUUGGCCAACAAAGGAGACAAAUUAUGGUCAACUCAAAGUAUAGGUUGCAGUCCAUUGUAGGGAUGGUACGUCUGAAAAACAAAGUUUAAGGCUCCUAACCUGGAAGAAUGACAGAAGAAAACAAGAGUUCAGACUUCUUUCUGUAUUCGGACUUCAUAACUGACAGUUCACGUUAGAAAAUAUGCUGUCUGCAUCAACUAAGAAUGUGAAGCAUCGACAUUAAAGCCUAAACUGAAGGGUGAGGCUUUGUACGCCUGCUAAUACCCGCUUUAGUUUCACAUCUGGCGUCUCAAAUUUGCACGUAGAAAAAGGCUAAAAAGACUCAGUAAACACAAGGCCACAGUGUCGGGGCUUUCUACAAUGGCUGAUCUUUACCCAGCAUCCGCUGUUAUUCAGUAACCAGUAUUUAUCGCAUCAGUUUUCUCUUUGAAGGUUCCAGAAAACAAACCCGUGGAUCCCGGAAGACGGACUGACCGAACUGUACGAGGGAACGCUGCACUCUUUUUUUUGCACAGAACCUCAGUUCUUCUUCUAACACUUCAACUUGUACAAUGACUGCAAAGCUUUAGGGGUUUUCUUUUCUCUCUGCUCGAUGCGCAAAGAUGUCUGUAUCGACAUCUCUUUGUGUCAUCAGAAGGAAUGCACUGUACUGUUUAGAAUCUCUCGCUUCUCCUGCAACCUUUUCCUCUUCUUUACUCCCAGGUGUAGUUGGUGGGGGGUGCACAAAGUUGAUUUAUGUGUGUGGUUCUCGGCUUCAUCAGUAAUAGUAAUAUUUAAACGCUUUUUACUCCACGCUGCAGUGAAAGAAGCUUUUAAUUAAAAUGCAUGAAUUGUGUGUUGAGACACACUUUCCUUAUAUCAUAAUUAGAGUUGGGACAAACUAGUAGAUUGAAACAAAGUCAACAAAUAUGGAUAUUUUUCCACCAUUUUUAUUGAAUUAUUUGGAUUAAUAAUGUGGAAAACAGUCCACAAACACACAAGAGAGGUAGGUAUUCUUAAAGCCUUAAAACUGCAAAGUUUAUUCUGAGAUUUGGCAUCGGAGGAAAGGUCACAGUGUUGGGUUCAUCCUCUGAGGAGCAGAUCAAUCUCAUCUCUGAUGAAAUUCCCUGACGAAAUCAGAGAGUUUGGACAACAAAUCAAUGAAUCGGUUGAAUCGGUUGUUGCUGCUCUGAUUUAUUAUAUAAAACUGGAGGAUUUGGCCCAAUAGACAGCGUUAAAGGAAAAAAGGUCCCCGAAAUCAGUAGGGCUAAUCCUAUGGGGAUCAUGAACUGAGCAGGUAGUGUUGCAUUAACCUCUUGGCUGGCAUCAAGACAUUAUUUCUGUGCCGAUAAUUAUUGACGCAUAACGAAGGUGUCCCAACCUAAUUGUGAUUAUUAUUCAACUGAUUGACUGCAACUGCAAAUUGCAUCCACUGAUGAAGACCAAGAGUGUGCACCCCUGACUGUAGUAUGCAGAUAUUCAGAGUAUCUCAUUCAUGAACUUCCUCUCUCUCUCUCUCUGAGUCUAAAUGGAUGGAAGCUGAUUGAGAACACACAAGGAACAAUUUUAAACAACCAGGGUUCAGAAAAACUGUCCAGAAAGCAUCGGACGUGGAUCGUCUUUCCCUUUUUCUUCCACUGCUUUUGCUGCUGAGGCUCUCGUCCAGGUUUCAGCGUGUCGACUAUCAGUGUGUCGUGAGGGGUUCUGAGGUGGUGAUUUCAGGUUUUAGGGGAACAGAACAAGAGGUUCCUCCAAUAACAGCAAAGACAGUAGCACAUCUAACAGAAAUGUUCUCAGGGUCCAAUGGGACAAGCGUUGACAGCAAAAACGUUUGAGAGACACCAAUAGAAAGCCAUUUUUUAAAAACACUUAUUGAGUGACGGGUUAGAACAGCUUUGGAGGAAUGAGGUGCUCGUGUACGUCGUCUACCUCUCCAAAGACACCUGCCUCCAAACAUAUAUACGUCCUGAAUUACAUUUUGUGGUGUGAAAUGAAAUACUGUUGUCGUCCCUCCACUGGAGUCUUCUGCACACGCCUUCUUCCACCGAGUCCAGCGUGCACACGUUCUGAGACGCCCUCAUUGUUUCUGCACUCGGUCAACACGCUCGCCAUCGCAUCUCACACCGUGCAUUCCUUGACUUUUAUUUUGUAGGGCCUGCUGUCUAUAUAUAGCUUUCCUGCCACGUGAUGCAACAUUAAGAACAAUUUUGAAGAGUAUGCAAUUACAUACGGCACAUUUCUAUGAUGCUUUCACACCUUGUCGUUCUUUCUUAAAACACAGAAUCACAUUUAAAAGUGCAUUUUUUUCUGUCCAUUAGGUGUAUUUAAUUCUAAUGCAAAGGACCAGACGUUAAUGAACUGUUAGGCUGCAC